CACUAUUCCCCCACGUCUACUACUUAACGUCCACCAACAGCUGCUCGUACCCCGAUCUUCAGAGCACCAGUCCUUCCUUCCAUCUAUCUUUCCUUCCAAGCCUUCAUCCAAAGCAAUUUCAACUCCCUCAAUACUAAAAUUCCCGCAAGAACUUCUUCUACCCUGACCAUGAUGGCGUCUACCACCGCACCUGUUUCAGAUUUCCAAAGCGAGCACUGCUCCAUCGCUCCCAACGCCACGCGAAUUCGAGUCGAUAUCCCAGUUCCUAGUAUUCAACUGGCAUUACACGAGCGGUCAAGAGACGACCCCCCAUCUCCGCCACCACAGCCGCCACCAAGUCCCGUCAACUGGGUUCUGUCAAGCCCCGAUGUCCUCCCUGACGCUGUGCUUUCAGAAAUGAUGACCGGGUCUCCUUAUUUCCUUGAUUACUAAGUUUCUGCGAUUGGCAUGGGAGCCAUUUGUGCGUCAGCCUUUGGAUCGGAUCUACAUUCACCGACUGAUUUUGGUCUUCUUCAGGCCAAUUCCAUCGACCACUAAUUCCCUGCCAAUAUUACUCCUCGCACAUAUGGGUUGAUUUCACACAAACUCAUCUGUCGGCUUGAUCUUUACUCAUUUCUCUUCUCACUGGUG